GUAUAAUCCUUCUUUUCUGUAUGUUACAGGAGUCUGAAAUCAGAGAUUCACACUAUCAUGAUGACAAUCUUCUCUUCAGUGUGAUGAAUCUGCUUACAGCUGGGACAGAUACUACAGGAAGUACACUUCAGUGGUGCCUCCUUUACAUGGCUAAGUACCCUCAUUUUCAAGAUCAGGUCCAGGAGGAGCUGGACAGGGUGGUCGGGAGCCGUCAGGUUCAAAUAGAGGACAGGAAGAACCUGCCGUACACUGAUGCAGUCAUCCAUGAGUCACAAAGACUGGCCAACAUUGGCCCAUUGUCCAUUCCUCACAAAACCAGCCAAGAUGUCACCUUCCAGGACUACUUUAUCAAAGAGGGGACUACUGUGAUUCCUCUCCUUACCUCUGUCCUGUAUGAUGAGAGUGAAUGGGAGACGCCAUACACUUUCAACCCUUCACACUUCCUGAAUAAGGAGGGUAAAUUUACCAGACGAGAUGCAUUCAUGGCCUUUUCUGCAGGUCGCCGGGUGUGUCUUGGAGAAAGUCUGGCUAAGAUGGAGCUGUUCCUCUUCUUCACCUCCCUCCUUCAGCGCUUUCGUUUCACCCCUCCACCUGGAGUCACAGAAGAUGAACUGGAUCUCACACCAGUUUUGAGCUUCAUCCUAAACCCUUUACCUCAUGAGCUGUGUGCCAUCAGUCGCAAAUAA